GCCACACAACACUGAAGACUUGUCCCGAGGGUGCUGCACAAAGUCUCCAGAAGGUCAUUUCAUGGGGGAAAAUCCUGCUAAGAGCCAUUAUGCACUGCUUAACCAGGGAGAGGAGAAUGAAAUGGAAAUUUUUGGCUACAAAACCCAGUGCUGCCGGAGGGCUCUGUGCAUUGCUGGGUACAUCUUGUCCUGUGGGGCUCUCCUGCUGCUGUUCUACUGGAAACCAGAAUGGGAUGUGUGGGCAAACUGUGUCCCCUGCAGCUUGGAAGAAGCAGACGUUGUGUUGCUUAGAACAACUGAUGAAUUUCAGAUUUAUUCACGUAAGCAUGUGACAUGGAUCUCUGUGUCUGGAAUUAUCAGAAGUAGGUUGGAUUAUCCAAGCACUGCUGAGGAAGAUUCAAUCUUCUACGAAGCCUUAAUGAAGCCAAGUUUACAGGUGAAAAGUAUCCAAGUACAAAAAAUCCGCUAUCUCUGGAAUAUCUAUGCAAAGCAGUUCCAGAAAGUUGGAGCCCUAGAAGACUACCACACUUGUUCAGCUAUACACACCAAAUUUGGUUCUGGUCUUACCUGCAAUGAACAGAGUCUCAGGAGAGUGAUAUGUGGGCCAAACACUAUUGAUGUUCCAGUGAUCCCUAUUUGGAAACUACUCAUCAAAGAGGUCUUAAAUCCUUUUUACGUAUUCCAGUUGUUCAGUGUGUGUCUGUGGUUUGCUGAAGACUACAUGGAGUAUGCUGCUGCCAUCAUAGUCAUGUCUCUCCUCUCAAUUUCUUUGACUGUAUAUGAUCUUAGGCAGCAAUCGGUUAAACUGCAAAGACUGGUUGAGUCUCAUAACAACAUCAUGGUCACUGUCUGCAGGAAUAAGGAAGGUUUCCAAGAGCUGGAAUCACAUCAUCUUGUUCCUGGAGACAUGAUGGUUUUGAAGGAGGGCAAAGCCCUCUUGCCUUGUGAUGCCAUCUUGAUCAGUGGCCAGUGCAUUGUAAAUGAAAGCAUGCUGACAGGAGAAAGUAUUCCAGUUACAAAGACCCAGUUACCCCAAGCUGAUAACCUGAAGCCCUGGAGAGUUCACUGUGCAGAGGAUUACAAAAAACACAUCCUCUUCUGUGGAACAGAGGUCAUACAGACCAAGGGAGAUGACAGAGGAGUAGUGAAAGCUGUAGUGCUGCAGACUGGUUUCAAUACAGCCAAAGGAGAUCUGGUGAGGUCCAUUCUCUACCCUAAACCAGUGAACUUCAAGUUGUACAGAGAUGCCCUCCGGUUCCUGAUGUGCCUCAUAGCAUUUGCAACCAUUGGAAUGAUCUACACAGUGUGUGUAUUUGCACUCAAUGGGGAGGAGGCAGGAGAAGUAGUGAAGAAAGCAUUGGACGUUAUCACUAUUGCUGUCCCCCCAGCCCUACCAGCUGCCUUGACAACAGGAAUCAUUUACACCCAGAGGAGGCUGAAGAAAAAGGGCAUCUUCUGCAUCAGCCCACAAAGAAUCAAUAUGUGUGGACAGCUGAACCUCAUCUGCUUUGACAAAACUGGCACCUUAACAGAAGAUGGCCUGGAUCUCUGGGGCUUGCUGCCCUCUGAAGGAAACUGCUUUCAGGAUGUUCACAGGUUCCCUGCAGACCACAGCCUGCCUUGGGGCCCAGCGUUCAGUGCAAUGGUUGUUUGCCAUUCAUUAAUUGUUCUGGAGGGCAGGAUCCAAGGAGACCCACUGGAUGUGAAAAUGUUUGAGGCAACUAAUUGGGUGAUAGAUGAUUCCAGUGGACACCAGACUGAAGGUCAAAGAUCUACACAUGCCACAGUUAUUAGACCUGGACUUAAAGCCAACUGUGCCCCUGUGGAAGGAAUUACCAUUUUACACCAGUUUCCAUUUUCUUCAGCUUUGCAGAGAAUGUCUGUCAUUGCUCAGGAAAUUGGUGGGGAAAAACAGGCCUUCACAAAAGGUGCUCCAGAAAUGGUAGCUGUGUUGUGCAGAGCAGAAACAGUCCCAUUGAACUUUGAAAGCAAGCUUCUGUUCUACACAGCACAAGGCUUUAGGGUGAUUGGACUGGCAUAUAAAUCUCUACAGUUGGCAAAGCAAUCUACUGAUCUAACAAGGGAGGAGGUGGAAUCUGAUUUGACAUUCCUGGGUCUACUGAUAAUGGAGAAUCGACUGAAGAGAGAUACAAAGCCUGUCCUGGAAGAGCUCAGUGCUGCCCACAUCAGGAGCGUGAUGGUCACAGGUGAUAACAUUCAGACAGCUGUAACUGUUGCAAAGAACGCUGGGAUGAUUCCUCCAACAAACAGAGUCAUUCUUGUGGAAGCAAACAAAAUACCUGGAUCUUUUUCAGCAUCUGUAACAUGGAAACCACUAGAAGAAAAUAAAACUGAAGAUUAUGGAAACCCGGACAGUGACAGUCAGACUGGAAGAAUUAGGUUGGCAGUGGAAUCAGACCAGUUCCAUUUUGCCAUGAGUGGAAAAUCUUACCAAAUUGUAGCACAGCAUUUCAGCCACUUGCUUCCAAAGCUCCUGCUAAAUGCAACAGUUUUUGCCAGAAUGUCUCCCAGUCAGAAAUCCAGCCUUGUGGAGGAGUUUCAAAAGCUGGAUUACUUUGUGGGCAUGUGUGGAGAUGGAGCCAAUGACUGUGGGGCUUUGAAAGUGGCACAUGCAGGGAUAUCAUUGUCAGAGCAGGAGGCAUCGGUGGCUUCACCUUUCACGUCCCAAACCGCCAGCAUAGCAUGUGUGCCAGAGCUCAUCAGGGAAGGCCGUGCUGCCCUGGUCACUUCCUUCUGCAUGUUCAAGUACAUGGCUCUGUAUAGCACCAUUCAGUACCUUGGUGUUCUCCUGCUGUACUGGCAACUAAACUCCUUUGGGAAUUACCAAUUUUUGUUUCAAGAUCUGGCUAUUACCACUGUAAUUGGUAUGACAAUGAGUUUCACAGAAGCCUACCCAAAACUGGUUCCCUACAGGCCUCCUAGCCAACUCAUCUCACCUCCCUUGCUGCUCUCCGUCAUACUUAACAUCCUCUUCAGCCUCAGCAUGCAGAUUUUUGGAUUUCUAAUGGUCCAGAAGCAGCCCUGGUAUUCCAAGACUGAUAUACACAGUGCCUGCCUCUCAGUGAACAGCCACACAGAGAAUUCUUCCUCUGCCUCCAGCCUGGUCCUCCAUGGCGUGAGAGAUGGAGACCCUACAGAAGUGGACAAUGGCUACAAGAGCUAUGAAAACACCACAGUGUGGCUGCUAAGUACCAUCAACUGCCUCAUCAUAGCACUGGUGUUUUCCAAGGGAAGGCCUUUUAGGCAACCCAUCUACACCAACUAUGUGUUCAUACUUGUGCUUGUAGGGCAACUGGGUGUUUGCCUCUUUCUGGUGUUCGCUGAUAUCGAUGAUCUCUACUCUAAGAUGGAUCUGGUUUGCACCCCCACCACAUGGCGGAUCUCCAUGGUGAUGAUGCUGGCAGUCACACUGGCUGUGUCCUUUCUUGUUGAGGAAGCCAUCAUUGAGAACAGAGCCCUAUGGCUGCUGCUGAAGAUGACUUUUCAGUACCACUCCAAGAGCCAUUACAAAAGGCUUCAGCAGGUGUUAGAACAGGACUCAGCCUGGCCACCUCUGAAUGAAACUUUUUUCUCAGAUUCUGUGGCAUUAUCAGUAGAGGAAGAUAUGGGAGGCCAUAGCAACCCAACAUUUGACAGCAAUGAAGAUGCACUAUGAAGGAGAAUGCAGUGGAAAGUUGCAGUUGGCUGUACAAGGACUGUCUCAGAGACAUAAAAACAGAAGGACUGACCCAUCACUACCCUCCAUUCUAAUCCUAAUGGGAUCUGGCUCAUUUUCCAGUUAACCAGAAGUGGAAAACUGGCUGCAGUAGCAGAAUUCUGUAAUGCUGUUUCUGCUCUCCCCUCAACAGCAUAGAAAUGGCUGACAGCUGCAAAUGGAGCAGCCUGGUGAAAGCUCACAAAGUGCUUGUGGUUGAAAAGCUAUUGCUGCAUCCUUUUGAGCUGCAUUGCGUAGUGGUGACUUCCAGGGAUGCUUCACUCAUUGUGAAGAAUUUCUUCUGAAGUACGUAAAUGCAACACACUGAGUAUUUCUGCUAAGUUCCUCUACUCAAAAAAGCAGCUUUGAUGAGCAUGUGUUUUCUUACUCUUAUUUUGAUGCUAGGCUGACUUUUUGCUCACCAUGUUUUGCAAGUCUGCCCACAGGUGGGUACAACAAAACAGUGUGGCCUCAGACCAAGAGGAACACUUCGUCCUUUGGGAAAGGUGUGUGUGGGUGUUGUCCCCUCUGAACUGAGUACACAGUUGGUUAUUUAAAGAAGUAGCUUGCCCAUGCAUUUCCUAGGCAGGGCUGAGGAAUGCUUUCUGAGAACUUCAGCAUGGGAGACUGCAUGUUCCUAAAAUUCAGUGCUAAACCACUCUUGCAUUAACACAGAAAUCCAGAGAUUGAAGAAGGCUGGGAGUCAUGGUGAAGAACUCUUUGGUCUUUCAGGGUACAAAGCAGCUCUGGAAAACCAAAAGCAGUCACUGGAGACUGCAUUGUUUUGAUUCAACAUGUCUGUAUCAGAACUGUUUUUGA